AUGAGUAUGUUUGUGCAGAUCAUGUCUUUAGUCAUUUCACAUGUUGAGUUCAUAACUGGAAAUUUCGGAAAUGCCUCCAUAACAAUGGCGAACUUCAUGCAACAGUAUAUUUGCAUUCUUACCCAAUACUGUAUCCCUGACAACUUUUCUCUGCUCAUCUUCUCCCUGUGGAAACAUCUGAAGAGGAUGCAGGAGAGUGUCAGAGAGUCCAGAAAUAUCAGCACCACGGCCCACAUAAAAGCUUUGCAUAUUAUAGUUACCUUCCUCCUCCUGCACAUCAUUAUUUCACUUUUUUUUGGCAUUCGUGUGUCAUAA